GGCCAGGCCAUUGAGAACCAGCGCAUUAUCCCCACGGCCGAGCCAGUGGAGAAAGUCACCCAAGAGAGGGAGGCCAGCAGCAACAAUCAAACUCCGCCCAUGCGUACAACCCACAACCCAGAGCCCAUCCAGAACCUGACCUAACCGUAACCGUAACUUGAUUGUCUCAAUCAAUCAAUCGCCACCGAAAAUUUACAAUCAAAAUAAACCAAAAUCGAGGCCGGAGUCAGAACGGAAACGGAAGUCGCGUCGCAGAGCGGCCCUAGACACCUGGAAGACACCACUACAUCAUCUGCUAUCCGCUACAAUGCUCCAAGCCCUGCCCCGUUGGUCGUACCCCACGCUGUACUGUGGAGCGGCCGCCAUCGUCACAAUGCUCCUGAUGACCUGGGUCCGACCGCUGGGAGUUCUGUUUUUGGGCCUGCUCGGCUACUGGAUCUACUGGACACGGUGCAGUUUCCGGAUCGUUCCCACGGACGAGCUGCGAAGCAAGAUCAACUCCUGGCUGCAGAGGAUCGAGGAGUGGCGACACAACAGUCCCAGCAUGUUCUGUUUGGCCAGUAGCGGAUGCCUAGGCACCCUGGCCGUGCUCGGUCACCUCAUCUCGGGCUCCACCCUGGUUCUGGCCAUUUUGGUUAUCUCCGCCCUCGUCUCCACCAAGUACAACUUUAAGCUCCUGAAGAUCGAGCACAAGGACUUCCAGUGGUCAGAGAAGUUGAACUACAACAACCUGGAAACCGAGGUGGAUGACGAGUUCUUGCCAGACGUAAACGAGUCCAAUCUGUUUGUCCUGGAGCGUGCCAGUGAUGUGGCCACCAUCAGCUCGCCCACAGAAGCCAACGACGAGGAUGAUGACGAGCGCAGCGAUGACAUUCCCUCGGAGCUGCUCAUUCCGGACGUGAUACCAGAGAUCGACGAGCACUCCACGGACGAAGAGGACGAGCUGGCUCCGUUGGCAGCCAAGAAGCAAAAGGACACAAAAGAAGAGCAGGCAGCCGAGGAUAGUGACAUGAAGUUCCGGAAAGGACACUUCAAGCGCGACUCCUCUCUGUCCACCACCUCGUCUUCGUCGGAGGAAAGUUUGUCCAAGGGGCUGCAGUUCCCCGAUCACAACGCCGUCGAUGGCAGCAGCUCCCAGCUGCGCCAGAUAACCGCCGCCUCAUCGCCGGACCAACCGGAUCCUGCUGGGGAGCUAGUCGCUCUGGCCGUUAAGAGCCAAGCUCAGGCCCUGCUCGCCAACAGCGGCAAGCUCUUGCCCAGCCUAGUCUCCGGCCUGGUGCAAUGGGGAGCAGGCGCAGGCUCCGGAGCUCUAGCCACCGGCAGCGAUGCCACCGAUUCCAAUCGAGAUCGUGAGCAGCAGCGCUUGGUGACCGCCUUGGAUUCGUCCGAUGAGAGUGACUUUGAGAUACUCGAAACGGAUGACUUCAAGUAAAGCCAAAGCAGAAGCAAGUAGAAUCGGAUCGGAUGCUGAUGUCGAUGUGGGUGUCGAUGUCGGCUCGCUCCGGAUUCCGAUUUGUCGUAUUAUAAAGCUAUUAUCUUAACAUAACAUAUGUAUACAUAUGCACACAAACAGACAUAGACACGGACACGGACGCGGACGGUUUGGAGGAUACAUACAUAGGUUCUAUAAUCCCUGGUGGAGAUCAGUUAUAUAUUUUGCUAAACUGCUAUACACUAGUGAUCUGAUCAGAUCGGUCUGCUAUUUGCGUGCUCCUCAGCCCUAAAAUUUAAUUAUUAAGGAGAAUCUUUUCAAACUAUCUGUAUGUUUUUCGUUUUGUUUUUCGAUUCGUUUCGUUUCGCUACGAUGCUUAUUCCUAUUUUAAUUUAAAUAUGAUUAGUUUAUCCCGAAGAAUAAAAAACAAAAAACCGAAACAUGUACAUAUACGACAGAAACAACAGAAACACACACUCACAACAACAAUAUACGAGAAAACCAACAUA